AUUGUAGCAAAUGGCAUUGCAGUGGCGAGGCUGAUGGAGGCACGUGUACAUUUGUAUUUGUUACCAUGGCAAAUAUGAUUCCAGAAAGGUCUCUGACACUGGGAAGAAAGUGCAAAAAGCAGAACAUCACUACUUCUGAUUCAUCAUCUGUAACGUUCAGAAUGAGUGGAAGAAGACGGGUUGGAUGUAUGUGUUAGUGUAUAACAGGAAAGGGUGGAGUGAUUUUGAUAAUUUCUGAAAGGAACAUAAUCCACCCCCCACUUGCUCUCUCUCUCUCUCUCCUUCCCUGCCACCUCCCUCUCUCUCUCUCCCCUUUUCUCUCUCUCUCUCUGAGUCCCAGCCCCUGAAGGUGUCAUAACUGUGCUCUCUCUCUCUCUCUCUCUCUCUCUCUCUCUCUCUCUCUCCCUCUCUUUCUCUCUCACUCACUCACUCUCUAUCACCGCCUUUCAGAUCUUUAAAAGCUGGUGCUUUGCUGUCUCUCUCUCGAUCUCCAUUUGUCUCCUCUGGCACUGCAGGGGACUCAACCGGCAAAGCACCAAGGAGAGCUACUGUAUAGAAACGGGGAGGAAGACUGAGGAAAGGGGAGAGAAAAGGGAGAGAGACUAAGGGAGAAAUAUACAUCCAGAAAUAGCAUCAGCCACAUUUAACUGACAGAGAGUGACAGAGUGGAGAACCUGAGACCUGGACACAAAAUGCCUUUUCUUUCUUACUUAACAACCGUUGUUUUGUUGCUGAUUGCUCACUGCGGAUCAUGGACCGGGGCAAACCGCUUGGGCCCCUUCAAGGUCUGUCCCUCCUGCAGGGAUCCACUGGGGGCAGGUCGGCCCCCCAGAGACCAUAAUGUUGCCGGCAGCACGUCAGUGUUGGCCCAGGGAGAGCCCUGUGGUGUGUACACCCUGAGCUGUGCCAAGGGGCUCCGCUGUGUUCCCCCACCAAGGGAGCACAGCCCCCUCCAGGCUCUGUUGCAGGGAAGGGGCAUUUGCGCCAAGCACAGCAGGACUAGUCCCACUGAGAGGCCCCACCCCACAGGUCCCCAUCCCUCACACGGUGGUGACAUUGAAAAAGCACCCUGCCGCAAGCUGCUGAAUCUUGUCCUGAGGGGUCUGGAGCUGACAAUCUUCCAGUCUGACCGUGACAUCUAUAUACCCAACUGUGACACCCGUGGCUUCUACAGGAAAAAGCAGUGCCGCUCCUCCAAGGGCAUGCAGCGUGGCCACUGCUGGUGCGUGGAUGAACUCGGCACGCCUGUGCCCUCACGUGCCAGCGAAGAUGGCACUUUACCAUGCGAUGGGGAGUGAGGCAUGAGUCUGUCCAAUUGCUCUGAGCCUGGAGGAAGAGGAGAAGGUGGUGGAGGAGGAGGAGGAGGUGGUGGAGGAGCAGGAGCACAGGGAGAGAGGGUGGCUUUAGCAUGUGCUAGACACUGCCUGGACAGGAGGUAGCAGGGAUAAACCACUUCCUAUGGAAAAUACAUACCAGUUAACGUUCAUGUCCUCUCUAAAGCAAGACACACACACUCACAGUCCAGCAGCAACAAUAACAUCUGCCUGAAUGUUCAACAGUUGCAGCAGCGUCCUCUGCGUCGUCUGGUGACAUGCUGCAUGCUUACAUUAAUGCUCUGUGAACUGCCUCAGUGAUCCAAGCGGUAUUACUCCGAAUGAUCUCUAUAUUCCCUGGCUCUUGUCCUGGCUUUCUGGUAGAUCUUUAUUUUACUUUUUAGUUUAGGAUAGCUGACACUGCCUGUGUUUGUUCUGAUCUCAGUGGGCUGAAAUACUGUUACGCAGGUGAUGCGACACAAAUGUUUGAAAAAUGUGUCUCCCUCACCGUCCUCUCUCCCUCUCUCCAAAGAUACACUGAUAUCAACAUACCUAAUUGACAGAAUAUUUCUUUUCUAUUAAUUUAUUUUUGAGUAUGUGUUUCCAUCAAGUACUGCUUGAAUCUUACAGUAUAUAUAUGUCAAGUCAGAAAAAAUAAUCUUACAAAUAUGAUCCUGGAUGCUUUUGUUCAUUUUAUUUGUCAAAAUGGCGUUCUGACUGCUUAUUAGUUGAUUGUUUGUACAUAUGUUGGAUUUUUGUGGUUGACUGUGUGUUCUGAAGUGGCAUACAAAAAGCUUACGGCUGUUACCCUUUUCAAAAAGUUGUAAGGCAUAUUUUUAUACACGUCAAUAUAAUAUUUUAUAUAUGAAUUGUUGGUUUAUUUAAUGAACUACAGUACAAUGCCAUGUAUUUUUAUAUUGUCAGCAGUUUCUUAUUUAAAGACAGAGAUUAUUUUAUUUCAUGUUAGGGGAAGUGUUGUGCUUGAAAGGCACCUUUAUGGCAAAACUCAUCAUUCAUCAGAGCUCUAUUCAACUGCUGCACAUCUUAUGGUUAUAUCUCAUGUUUUUAAUUUUCCUUUUAUUUAUGCUUUGUUUAUUUGAGAGUUGAGAAUAUCCAUGUUACUAUUAUGUUUUAUUUCUGGCACAUCAUACCACAAAUUCUGAGUUCAGUAGAGAAAAAAAAAAUCGAAUUUGUUAUUGUUAUGUCUCUCCCAAGUCCUUGCAAAAGUCAUGAAAUGGUGUGCUAUUAAAGUGUGAUUAGAAUUUAUCUAUUUCUGAACAAUCUUGUUGUGCCAAUGUGUGUGCCGUGAUGAAAGGUCCAUGCACAAAGGACCUGUAAGAUUUGCAAAUAUGAAAAUAAAACAUAAUGAUAAUAAAAAUGGAGAAG